AUUACACUUACACAGCCAUGUCUUUAUCGUUGAAAGCACUCCAGUUCCCAGCCCAAUCGGGUAUCGCUGACUCUGCGAUUAUUUUCAUCCACGGGUUGGGUGACACCUCCAACGGUUGGUCCUUCUUCCGUCAAAUGGCCUUGGCCAGAUCAAACCCAAUCUAUAAAAACGCCAAGUUCAUCUUCCCACAGGCCCCAGACAUUCCAAUCACAGCUAAUGGUGGCUACGUGAUGCCGGGUUGGUUCGAUCUCUUCGAGUUCGGAAACCCAAACGCCAAGCAAGACAUCCAGGGGUUCAGAACCAGUGUCGAGAAGGUCAGACAAUUGGUAUUGCAGACCAUCGAGUCGGGGAUUAAGCCAGAACGCAUUAUUUUGGGCGGAUUUUCCCAGGGUGCUGCCUUGUCCUUGGCCUGCUUGCCGCUUAUCAACGACGUCAAGCUCGGUGGGGUUGUAGCGUUGUCUGGUUUCAUGACCAUUAAGGACAGUGUGCAUGAAAGCGUUGCCAAAUUUGGCGGCAAUGAUAAGUUGGUUAACAGGGACACCCCAAUUUUCCAAGGCCAUGGCACUGUCGACCCACUCAUCGCCCACCAGUACGGUAAGAUGACCUCCGAAAUCAUGAUCAAGGAGUUUGGCUUCAAAAACUUAAAGUUCCAUUCCUACUCCGGUGUUGCCCACUCUGCCUCUGAGGAAGAGUUGGAGGAUGUGUUCAAGUUCUUGGAGUCUA